CAAACCCCCCCCCCCUCCCCUGCAGAAUGCCGCAGGAGUCUCGACGGGUGUUAAUAAUCCAAUGCUCAGGAGACGAUCGUCAGCGCUACUCCUUGGCCCCCAACGACGAAAAAUGACUAAUUGCUUGGUCCACCUCAAGACAGCAGCCUUGCCUCAUUUUCUUUACAGGAUGGAUCCGUUGGACAAUCAAUGCUUGGUCGGGGGUUCACCACUUCGCAGGAAUGCCUUGGGACGAGAAAUGGGAGAGCAGCACGGGGGAUGGAAUGGUCAUGGUAUGGUAUGACAAAAGGGUUCCAAGUAACACAAAUGAUGCAACGCGCUUGCCUUGGGACCCUUUCUCUCUUCUUUAUCUUCUUUGAGGCCGCCUCUCCUCAACGGCCUCUCGCCUCUCGGCCUCCUAUGCUGCUGUCCUACAAUGCACACGUGCAAGGGGAUGAGGGCCGCGACGGAAGGGUAGAGAAAAAAAAAUUGAACCCCUGGUUACCGAACCUUUCUCGUGGCGGUGGGCUCCUCCAAGAGGACUCAAGGCUGUCUCUCCUCGCCGACGGCAAAGAACGAACUGAUGCAAAGAUAUCUGGGGAUCCCUGUGCCGUCGGCUUCGAGGGAUUUUGCCUAUCGAAUAUCCUUUCAAAAGUUGCCCCUCCCUCUCUCACACCAGCUAGCCGUGUGGGUGGAUGAGGCUGGACGCCCGAUCGAAACGAGCCACGUCAAAAGUCCCUUCUAUACCAAGCCCUCACCUGGCCCCUGUCCUGGCCUGUGUCGCCUUGCCUUGUCUUGCCUUACCGGGCCUGUUGUGCAACGUCGAAGGCGUGGCGUUAGAUCGACUGCCUGACCGGUGUGUCUGCCUAAACAACAUGACAUGCGAGGGGAAAAGAGCGGUGGAACUGGUUGGGAGGGACUGCUUGUGCGUUGUCACGGUGUAUUGAAUAAUUACAUUUUUCGGACCCAAAAAGACGGUUGCUGUUUGAUUCCCCCUGUUGUCUGACUCUACCGGACUUACAGAGAACGGACCUCUGGAGAUAGAAGGAGAGUGUAAAUAGCCACUAUAGACUCCGCCUUUCUCAGGCAGGCAGUGAAGAAUGAUAUGCU